UUGUUGCUAGGGAUACCUCUAUCUUGGUCACCUUUUUGUUGCCCUCGUACCUUAUUGCCUGACCAGAGGAAUGCGCUGUAGCCUCACGGACACGAAUUACUUUAGAGCUUUGAGAUACAGCCAUGGAAUUCAUGGAUAUUGUUGGAGAGCUACAAUCGCUCCCCGAUCAUGUCCACAUUCUAUGCCCCCGACAACACGAUGACGACCACGCACGAUAUGAUGAUGCUAGCCAGGUAGAUGAAUCGGGGAGAUCUGUUGCGGAGUUGGUGUCGGAGGCCAAGAAUCGCAAGGAGAAAUUUUUGUCAUGUAUGCGGAUACUGGCGUACAACCAAGAAGGGGUUGAGGAAUUGCAGACUUGGAUCUGGCGGAAGUUAGACGACUCGCUUGAAAAGUGCGACCUCUGCAUCAAGCAGUACUAUACAGGGAAGAUCUGGCUCAUGGAACAGCUCAAAGAAAACUAUGAUGAUGAAGAUAUUGAGAAGUUUUCUAGGAUGCUUGACGAGUGGGACAUCAAACGGAUUACAAGGAAUCUAACAACUGCAACAGCAAAGUUAAAAGAAGUCCCGUCCCAGGAUAUUGGACUCCAUGUGCUGGACCGGGCGUCUUUACUAUCAAUAUUUGAAAGUCUGAGCUGUGACGCUAUGCUCCGUAAUGACAGCCUUCUGCAGGAGUAUUUCGAUGAACCAUUCCGGUUAAUCCAGACAAAACGCAGUCUAAAAGUGUCCGACUACAUUCCCGCCGUCACCCGUUUUCUGUUCGAUCCAAACCAGAACCGCAGCUUUUGGGCUAUCCAUUCUUGGAUGCGUUAUUCCCGGCCUCCGACUACCAUGGAGUUUGACUGGGCAGUGAAAGAAGGACUUCUUGAUGCGCUGAGAACAGCAUCUCAGCAGCCAACUCAGAUUGCCGUCAUCCAGCGGUUGUGGCGUGGCAUGCAGCUCGUAGUAAGAAGGUUGGACAAGGACCAGAUUACCCAUCACUUACGAGCUCUUGAAAUCGAUCCCUGCCGUCUCUCCGUGGACCACCUCGGUAUACAGUCUCCUGGGCUACGCUUCCUCCUGAAUACCAUCCAGAUCUUCCUGGAAAAGGCCCCAGGCGAUUUCUGGGAUGCGAUGCAGACGAUAUCUCCUCAGGCCAUCAUCGAACUCGUGUUUUAUAACCCUCAGUUGGAUGCCUUCCUAAUGCAAGCAACUGAGGGUGAGCCGUACGAGAAAUCCGCUAUGAAGGAUAUGUUAUCAUGGAUUAGCCCGUUUAUGUCGUCACUGAAGGGCGCCCACCAACCUUCAGCCUGCAGAUCCCUUGUGCAACAGCUUCUUGUACGAUUGCAAAAUGUGCGGUUUCCGAAUCUCGCUCGCUAUCAUUGCUUCAAUACUGGGCUGGCGAUUUUACUCCACACGCUUCGCAGUUUCACAGACCACGAGUCAUCAAGAGGUUCUGUGGAGCGUGUUGUGCUGUCGGAAACUCUAGGUGUCGUAAGUGCGAACAUCGAAACAAUCCUUAAGCCACCCCAGUUUGCAGUGGAGCAGGGUCGUCAGCGCGAGAUAGCUUCGCUGUGUAUGGACGUUAUUCGUAACACACUUGCACUUGAAUGUCAGUCCCUCAAAAGUGAUUAUGAGGUCAUACUCCGGCACAACACUCUUCAACAUGGCGUGAGUACCUAUUCAGCUACAAUAUGGGACGCAGUUGUCAAACACCUGCAUGAAGAUAACCUGGCCCUUUCGACGUCAGCCCUGCUCGGAAUCUUACCGCUAGUCGGUCUGGAGAAAUUCCCUACAAAAGGAGAAUCUAGCCCAGAAAAGACGCACUUUAACGUUAUCUAUGGGCACUUAACCCAUCUUUCCUGCCAAAUUAUCGAGCGUCUUGCAGAUUUUAGACCUGAGCACCUUGACGAGCUUUUCAAGAGUCAAGACACUAGUAGUGCUCUGAUCUCUGCGCUUUUUGCAGCCGACCUAAAUACCUAUCAAGCUGCCGUUGACCUUAUCAAGAAUGUUAGUGGCCAGUCCGCUCGAAGGGAUGCAAUAUCACAUCUGCUGCAGUCAUUCUUUAUUACGACUAUGUAUGGGCUAAGUUGGUCUUUUCGACGAAUUUCUAACAUGAAGACCUUCGCUUCUGCCCCGAGGAUGAUACACACCGGAACAGACAUUGUGGAUAUCCUUUGUGACAGCCAGACUGGCAUGCUGAGAACACGGAAGCUUGCUGACCGCAGGGAAAUCCUUUCACUCCAGAAACUCUGGGAGUACCUGUGGCAAGCCCUGACAACGAUAUUUGAUGAAACAGAAUCCUGGCACCUGAGAGGGAAUGACAAGGCCGUCAUGUUAGAGUUCUGCCGAGACACCAUCCAGUUCGCUGAUCUUCUUUUCAGCCAGUAUGGUGUUUUCUUAAGUGCUGUCGUUGAUGCGGAUCCAAACCAAGAGAGCUCUGCGCGUGAGAAUUUCCUCAAAUCUGCAACCACAACAAUGAGCGCGAUGGUCAAAUGGCUCCGGUUGAAAGAUGAAUACUUGGCAACAACCCUGGUUGGGCUCGUGUCUAAGAUCCUACGGCGUUUAGGAGAAUUAAGUGUAACAACUGUUAAGCAGGAUGCUUUAAGUUUCAUCGAGGGCGUGGCAGUCAACUCUUCCAUCAAAACUAUAUUGACGCUGCGGGAAAAGGCAGAGCUUGUGCGGGCUCUGGAAGCCUACUAUAAGAAGCCUGUCGUUACCGCUUCGACCGCCAGACUCAAGAAACAGAGCAUGAUCACGGCUUUCACUAAACCAGCCGAUCUCUCAGCCACUCCCAGUCCGCCCAAGACCGCCGAUGAGUUCGACGAUAACGUCCCAGAUGACGUCUUAUUACAGCUGUCUCGAUCAGUUGAGCUCAACAAGGAGAGGGUUGCUGCGGAAGCCAAGAAGAAAGCAGAUAAAGCCGCGAAGGCUCUUCCGGCGAUUCCUAGACCUUCUCCAGCCCCAUUAAGGCCGAAUGUGACCAUUCAGGCCUUCCGCGAGAAGCGUGAGAAGGAGAGAGAAGCCAAGAAAAAGCGUGAUAUGGCUGAGUUGGCACGCCUUAAGAAGAGCCUUCCCGCGCUGGGUGUUGCUGAGCAAACUGCCGAACAGGGUUCUGGGCUUAGUGGAAUCGGUAUCAAAGGCAAGGACCAUACUCCUGCUGAGAGCAUGAUGGUUUCCUCUGGAUCAGAGUCUGAAUCCGAAAGCGAAGACGAGCUGGAUAAAGAACUCUUUGGCCCGAAAGCAAGGAAGCCUGAUGCCGUCAAGGCCUACGAAGAAAGCAAGCGGAUGUCAUUGAAACAACAAGGACCGGUCAAGAAGAUCAAGCAGGUGCGCUCUGCAAAAGAUAUGCGAGCACGCCUUGCGCCUGACCUCUCUUCUCUUCACCGUACAAUCCUUGCCUGGGACUUUUUUGCGAAUGGCGACAUUCCCCCCAAUUCGGGACGUACAGAUUAUACUCUGGUUUCCAACGCUUUCAGAGAGCCCCUUGAGUAUCAAAGAACCUUUGAGCCGCUACUGAUCCUCGAAGCAUGGCAAGGGUUCCAGUCCUCAAAAGAAGAAGGUACAUUCAAGCCGUUUGAGGUCAAGGUUGCCACGCGACUAUCUGUGGAUUCAUUCGUCGAAGUCAGUACGGCUAUAUCCGCUAUGGAGGCCAAGGACUUUGGGCUUGGUGAAGCCGAUAUUGUUCUGCUCUCUAAAGCAAGCUCACCGACCACCGAUUCAUCCGCGCCUCAUUGCUUGGCUAGAGUCUCUGCCAUAAAAAGGAAGAAAGGAACCGUCGAAAUCUCCUAUAGAGUCAACCCCGGGAAUCCCUUUAUCAAUUCUCUUGGACCUGGGGCCACAAUUUGGGGAGCGAAGAUCACAUCUUUAACACCACUUGAACGUGAAUAUGGUGCACUGAUGGCUUUGCAAUAUUAUGAUCUCUGUGAAGAGAUUGUCAAGGCGAAGCCGUCGCCGAUUCUGAGUUAUUCGGAUGCCAGCCUUAAACCCAUUGCAGACAAUUAUAACGUCAAUUCUGCCCAGGCCAAAGCAAUCAAAUCCGCGCUGGAUAAUGACGCUUUUACUUUGAUCCAAGGACCACCAGGAUCUGGAAAGACAAAGACGAUCGUGGCCCUUGUGGGUGCCUUGUUAAGUAAUGUCCUCGGCAAUCAAGGCGUUGCUAUUUCACGGCCUGUGGGAAUGAACAACGCUAAGCCCAUUGGUGGAAGAACCACCACAUCUAAGAAGUUGCUUGUGUGUGCUCCCAGUAAUGCUGCCGUUGAUGAGUUAGUCAUGAGAUUCAAGGAAGGAGUCAAGACGAUCCAUGGUCGCCAGGAGAAGCUGUCUGUCAUACGUCUAGGAAGAAGCGAUGCUAUUAACAGCAAUGUACUUGACGUUACCUUGGAUGAGCUGGUCAACCAAAGGUUGAGUCAGUCAGCACGCAAGGAUCCUGGAGAGCGGGAUCUGCAGAAAAUCUACAUGGAGCACAAAGCUGCCGACACCGCUUUUAAAGAGACUCGUGCCAGGAUGGAUCAGUGCAGGGCACAAGGAUUGCCUGUGCCAGCAGAAUUGGAACGAGAGUUCGAUCUGUUGAAGAAGAAGAAGACGCAACUGAGCCAGGAGAUUGAUAGCGCCAGAGACAAAAACCACUCAGCAGCUCGGGAUGCUGAAUUGAACAGACGCCGCAUCCAGCAGGAGAUCAUCGAUAGCGCACAUGUUAUAUGUGCGACCCUUAGCGGAAGUGGUCACGAAAUGUUUCAGAACUUGAGCAUUGAGUUUGAAACCGUUGUCAUCGAUGAAGCAGCACAAUCGAUUGAACUCAGCGCCCUGAUUCCGUUAAAAUACGGCUGUUCCAAAUGUAUCCUCGUCGGUGAUCCAAAGCAAUUACCACCAACCGUCCUGUCGAAAGUUGCUUCGAAGUUCCAAUACGAGCAAAGUCUUUUCGUCAGAAUGCAAUCCAAUCACCCCAGGGAUGUGCACUUGCUGGAUGUUCAGUACCGUAUGCAUCCAGAAAUUAGUGCAUUCCCAAGUGCUGCAUUCUACGAUGGCAAGCUACAAGAUGGCCCUGAUAUGACCCGACUUCGCACACGCCCAUGGCAUCAGAGCGAGUUACUCAGCCCGUACCGUUUCUUCGACGUGCAAGGGCUUCACCAGAGUGCUGCGAAGGGCCACUCCUUGAUCAAUAUAGCAGAGCUUAGGGUGGCCAUGCAGCUGUAUGAACGUCUGGUGACAGAUUUUCGAGCAAUUGACUUUAACAGAAAGAUCGGUAUUAUUACGCCUUAUAAGGGUCAACUGAGAGAACUGAAGACACAGUUUGCUGCCAGGUAUGGCAACGAGAUUUUCACCAAGAUCGACUUUAACACUACAGAUGCUUUCCAAGGAAGAGAAAGUGAAGUGAUCAUCUUCUCUUGUGUUCGAGCUUCCAAUAAGGGCAUAGGUUUCUUGGCCGACAUUCGUCGUAUGAACGUCGGCCUUACACGUGCUAAGUCAUCUCUUUGGGUUCUUGGAAAUUCGCAGUCUCUGGUGCAAGGCGAGUUCUGGAAUGGUUUGAUCAAAGACGCCCGCCGGAGGAAUGUAUAUACGGAUGGCGAUGUGCUCAAGAUCCUUCAGCGGCCUCAGUUCACUGGGUAUCAGAACGUCGACAUGCUGGAUGCAAGUGCCCAGGAGUCAGCUGUGCCAUCCAGGGCUACAUCGUCGGCACCUAUCUCUCGGCCGUCGUCGGCCUCUGCGGAUAAUUCCUCAUCGUCCGUGUCUGCGUCCAGACAAAAUACCCCUCCAGUGCCUCCAGACGGGCCAUCAGGGGGUGCUAAUGGCUUGGAUGAAACCCGCACGUGCGGCUAUUGUGGAAGUUUUGCGCACAUGACACACCAUUGCGACAACAUAGACGCGAAGGAGGCAACGAGAGGCACCUGCUUCAGAUGCGGGGAGUCAGGGCAUACGCGGUAUUAUUGCACGGCUCAGCGAUGUGUGGACUGUGGACAGUACGGACAUGUCUCACGCGAAUGCCGAUCCACUAAGCUUCUACCAAAACAUGAGAGGUCCAAAAUUGCGCGGGAAGAGAACCACCACACGCAUAAUCAAAAGCAAAGAACGGAGCGCCAGCGCCUCAGGCAACUGGGAGGACACGACCCUAAGGUACCUGUUGUUCAAGCCACACCAAGCGAUGAUAACAAUGGCCCGGGAAAGCGAAAGCGUAAAGACUCGCCGCCAACCGAGGCCUCGAAGGCCACACGGCCACGUAAUGAUAACUUAAACGCUCCACCAGCCGGAGCUCCCAAGGGUCCGCGGCGUAAAAUCGAUGCUAAUAUCCCUGCUAAUACAGAGGGACUAGUAAAGCCCUCACGCGAUGGCCCAGCCUAUGCCUCUCUGGAUAAGGACAUACCCUUCAACGGCCCUCGGCCAGGGCGCGGACCUGAAAGCCCACACCCACGUUCUGGACCACCAAGACCCGGCAAUGGCGCUCGACCUCCCCCGAUGCGGAAGAAGAAAGAAGCCGACCCAUUCAUUAGGCCUAAGCGGAGAUAGAUAGUGC